UAGGGAAGAGAGAGAAAAAGAAGCAGAGUAGCAGUAAAGAGAGAGACAGCUGCAAGAUAGAGAGAGAACGAAAGAUACAUAGAGAGAGAAAGCACCAUUUCCAGCUAUUUGACCUUCUUCCAUCUUCCUCAAGGAUCCACCAAUCCGAAAAUGCAUCGGAUCCUCCGGCAUUUCAGUAAACCAGGCACAAUUUGUAACAAAAACUGAUUUUCCGGCGGUACCGUCGGCUGUUUCCGGCCGCAUUCCGGUAAAAACAUCUCUGAACAGUGGAUAAUGGAGAUGAACUGACGCCUAAACAGUAAAGAUGUUCCGUUCAGCGCGAUGGAGGAACGAGAAGAAUAAGAUCAAAGCGGUUUUCAAGUUGCAGUUUCAUGCAACUCAGGUGGAAGAAGAUGCAUUGACUAUAUCUGUGGUGCCGGAGGAUGUAGGAAAGCCUACGGCGAGGUUAGAGAAAGCAUUGGUUCGAGACGGUAGCUGUUACUGGGAAGAAUCUGUUUAUGAAACAAUGAAGUUCACAAAGGAAGGUAAAACAGGGAAGAUGAAUGUGAAGAUCUAUAGCUUCGUUAUAUCAAAGAUCACACAUGGAUCAUCCAAAUCCAGUGUUGUCGGUGAAGCUUCAAUUGAUUUCGCAAGCUAUGUUGAAGCUACAAAGAUCUCUUCAGUUUCUCUUCCUUUAAAGAGUUCAAAAUCUGAUGUUAUUCUUCAUGUUAAGAUUCAGAGAGUAUUGGAGAAUGAUUCGCUUAGUGAGAUCGACGAAACUGAUGCGGACCAUACGGUGAAUGUUGGUUCUGAUAAUACAAUUGAAGUAAUUAGGGUUCAUCAAGAUAGUCCUCUGAAGAAGAUAAAUCAUCGUGUUUCAAGUGGAUCAGACCUAACGAUUACGAGUUCUUUCAGCAGCUCUGGUAUUGAAAACAUCCUUCAAAAUUCUCCCAUCCAUCAUAGAACAUUAUCUGAUUUCUCAACUAAAAUCCAUGGAGAGAUUCAGAAAUCGCAAUGGGAAACAAGUACAGAUGAUUCAUUAGGCAGUAGCACAACUGGAGGAGAUGUUCUUCCGACUGAUAUCAUUAUCGAGAAGCUGAAAUCAGAGGUGGCUAUGUUAUCCAGACAAGCUUCAUUAUCCGAUUUGGAGCUUCAAACCCUAAGAAAACAAAUCAUAAAGGAAAGUAAGAGAUCAAACGAUCUAGCUAAAGAGGUCGCCAUUCUGAAAGAAGAGAAAGAAUCUUUCAAGCAAGAACGUGAUCAGUUUACAGCAUUUCAUAAACGUAUGGACGAAGCGAAAGUUAAAGAUCGUUUGCAUUACGAUGGAGGUAAUCCCAUCGAUUUCCUUGAAGAACUCAGACAAGAACUGAAUUACGAGAAGGAUCUAAAUGCAAAUCUUCGAUUACAGUUAAGUAAAACGCAGGAAUCAAACUCUGAAUUGAUGCUAGCAAUCCAUGAUCUAGACGAAACCCUUGAACGACAGAAGACAAGAAAGGAAACCGACACUGAAUCCGACGAAGAACAGAAGGCUUUAGAAAAGCUCGUUAACGAUCAUCAUCUUGAUAUUAGAGAAACACAUCUUCUCGAGCAAAAGAUCUCCGAUCAGUACAACGAAUUACAAAUCUACAUACGAGACAGAGACGAGCUAGAGAUGCAGAUAGAGCAGAUAUCACUCGACUACGAGAUCUUAAAACAGGAAAACCACGAUUUAUCGUAUAAACUCGAACAAAGUCAGAUUCAAGAGCAGCUCAAGAUGCAAUACGAAUGUUCAUCUUCUUAUUCUACAUUGAACGAACUUGAAUCCCAAAUUGAAUACCUGGAAAACGAGCUGAAGAAACUAUCAGAACAGCUAUCUGAUUCUCGUAUCCACAUUCACAGCCUAGAAGAAGAAAUCGAAAAACAGGCAGAGGGAUUCAUGGAGGACCUAGAGAAGAUCUCUGUAGAGAAAAUCGAACAAGAACAGAGAGCCAUUAAAGCCGAGGAAGCCCUAAGAAAGACUAGAUUACAAAACGCUAUUACAGCAGAGAAACUUCAGGAGGAAUUCAGAAGACUAUCGAUUCAAAUGACAUCCACAUUCGAAGCAAACGAAGUUUUGGCCACAAAAGCAAUGACAGAAGCCAGCCAACUUCGUUUCGAGAAACGAAAUUUGGAAGAACAGCUUAAGCUUAUCAAAGACAAGUAUGAAGAUGAAAUUCGCAACCUUUCUGGGAAAUCUAACGAAAACUCGAAUGACUUACAUAAGGUGAGAAAAAUGGAGGAAGAAUUGAAGGAAAUGCAAGAGAGAUAUUCAGAAAUUAGUUUGAGAUUUGCAGAGGUUGAAGGUGAGAGACAACAAUUGAUUAUGACAUUGAGGAAUUUUAAGAAUCCUAAGAAGAUCUAAUAAGGAAUAAUAAAAAGUUGUUUGCUAUAUAUAGAAUUAACUAUGUAUAAAAAAAUAUUUACCAUAAAAAGUAAAAUGUUACUUAUGGAGUUUUAUCUAGGUGGUAAGAAAUUUGUGUCUUAUAUCAUGUUGUUGGCUUCAGUUUUAUGUAUUCUUUUCAUUUUUUUAUUGUCUUGAAAUAUUAUUAGCAAUUUUGUUCUUUUUA